GAAAGGAGUGAAUGAAAUGUGCGGCUCGGGGUGUCAUUUCUGAAGGGAGGAGUCGUUCUCUUGGAGAGGAGUCCUCAAUGAGCCUGGCCGAGGCCCGGGAUCUGUGUGAAGUGGACUAAGGAUUUAGUAGGAUGUCAACUGAGACAGAACUUCAAGUAGCUGUGAAAACCAGCGCCAAGAAAGACUCCAGAAAGAAAGGUCAGGAUCGCAGCGAAGCCACUUUGAUAAAGAGGUUUAAAGGUGAAGGGGUCCGGUACAAGGCCAAACUGAUCGGGAUUGAUGAGGUUUCCGCAGCUCGGGGAGACAAGUUAUGUCAAGAUUCCAUGAUGAAACUCAAGGGCGUUGUUGCUGGCGCUCGUUCCAAAGGAGAACACAAACAGAAAAUCUUUUUAACCAUCUCCUUUGGAGGGAUCAAAAUCUUUGAUGAGAAGACAGGGGCCCUUCAGCAUCAUCAUGCUGUUCACGAAAUUUCCUACAUUGCAAAGGACAUUACGGAUCACCGGGCCUUUGGAUACGUUUGUGGGAAGGAAGGGAAUCACAGAUUUGUGGCCAUAAAAACAGCCCAGGCGGCUGAACCUGUUAUUCUGGACUUGAGAGAUCUCUUUCAACUUAUUUAUGAAUUGAAGCAAAGAGAAGAAUUGGAAAAAAAGGCACAAAAGGAUAAGCAGUGUGAACAAGCUGUGUAUCAGACAAUUCUGGAAGAGGAUGUGGAAGAUCCUGUGUAUCAGUACAUUGUGUUUGAGGCUGGACACGAGCCAAUCCGUGAUCCGGAAACGGAAGAAAACAUUUAUCAGGUUCCCACCAGCCAAAAGAAGGAAGGUGUUUAUGAUGUGCCAAAAAGUCAACCUGUAAGUGCUGUGACCCAAUUAGAACUUUUCGGGGACAUGUCCACCCCUCCUGAUAUAACCUCUCCCCCCACUCCUGCAACUCCAGGUGAUGCCUUUAUCCCGUCUUCAUCCCAGACACUUCCGGCGAGUGCAGACAUGUUUGGUUCUGUACCUUUCGGCACUGCUGCUGUACCCUCAGGUUAUGUUGCAAUGGGCGCCGUCCUCCCAUCCUUCUGGGGCCAGCAGCCCCUCGUCCAACAGCAGAUCGCCAUGGGUGCUCAGCCACCAGUCGCUCAGGUGAUGCCGGGGGCUCAGCCCAUCGCUUGGGGCCAGCCGGGUCUCUUCCCUGCCACUCAGCAGCCCUGGCCAACUGUGGCCGGGCAGUUUCCGCCAGCCGCCUUCGUGCCCACACAAACUGUUAUGCCUUUGCCAGCCGCCAUGUUCCAAGGUCCCCUCACCCCCCUUGCAACCGUCCCAGCCACGGGUGACUCCGCCAGGUCAAGUCCACAGACCGACAAGCCCAGGCAGAAAAUGGGAAAAGAAAUGUUUAAGGAUUUCCAGAUGGCCCAGCCUCCACCCGUGCCCUCCCGCAAACCCGACCAACCCUCCCUCACCUGUACCUCAGAGGCCUUCUCCAGUUACUUCAGCAAAGUCGGGGUGGCACAGGAUGCAGACGACUGUGAUGACUUUGACAUCUCCCAGUUGAAUUUGACCCCUGUGACUUCUACCACACCAUCGACCAACUCACCUCCAACCCCAGCCCCUAGACAGAGCUCUCCAUCCAAAUCCUCUGCAUCCCACGCCAGCGAUCCCACCACAGAUGACAUCUUCGAGGAGGGCUUUGAGAGUCCCAGCAAAAGCGAGGAGCAGGAGGCUCCUGAUGGGUCACAGGCCUCAUCCAACAGUGAUCCAUUUGGGGAGCCCAGUGGGGAGCCCAGUGGUGAUAACAUAAGUCCACAGGCCGGUAGCUAGAUAGCGCAGGUCUGGGAGCUGGAGCCUCUCUAUGCGCAGAUCAACAGACCUAAGAAAUAGCAUCGAUGCAGGCUCGUGGCGGGUGCUUCAAGACUGCCAUGGAAAUCAGUAUCGAGACAGGCUCUCUUGUAUUCUUUCACCUCACCUCAUCCCAUGAAGAAAUUCAUGAUUGCCCAAUGGAACUCGUUUGGAAGAGGGAACUAAGAGUUUUUGGCAACCAAUGGCAGAUAUGUAUGGCAGCACAAAAAAAACCCCACAAAAGUAUAAAAAGUCAUACCCAACAUUAAAUCACAAAUCAAGCAAAUGCUUACCUGACAAAUAUUCUGAGCUCUCUUAGCAUGGGUUUAAGAUGACCCAGUACACGAAAUCAUAAUUCUCUCUUUAUUUCUCUACCUGUUGACCAUUGUAGAGACAUCAAAUUUGGAGUGACAGGCCUCAGAGAGUUACAACAGGGUUGGCACUGACUUCUUUUAGGCAAGAGCAAGAGGUCUUUUGUGACCUC